AUGGAUGGCAGGGUGUGGGGCGCCUGUGUCCUCUGCUUGCUGAUCCCCUUACAGAUCGUAUUGGGCCAGGUGCUCCCAGAGUGUGACUUCAUCUCCCAGCUGAGAGAGGAGGAGCGUGCCUGUCUGCAAGCAGCAGGGGGCAAGCCCAACAUCACCUCAGGCUGCCCUAGGACCUGGGAUGGGCUGCUGUGCUGGCCAACGGCAGAUUCCAGCGAGUGGGUAACCCUCCCCUGUCCGGCUUUCUUCUCUCACUUCAGCUCUGAGCCAGGGGCCGUGAAGCGGGAUUGCACCAUCACGGGCUGGUCGGAGCCCUUCCCGCCUUAUCCUGAGGCCUGCCCUGUACCCUUGGAUCUACUGACUGAGGAGAAAUCCUACUUCUCCACCGUGAGGAUCGUCUACACCCUGGGCCACAGCGUCUCUGCCGUGGCCCUCCUCGUGGCCAUCGCCAUCCUGGUGACUCUCAGGAGGCUUCACUGCCCCAGGAACUACAUCCACACCCAGCUGUUCACCACCUUUAUCCUCAAGGCGGGAGCUGUGUUCCUGAAAGAUGCCACCCUCUUUCACAGCGAGAACACCGACCACUGCAGCUUCUCCACUGUUCUGUGCAAGGUCUCUGUGGCCACCUCUCAUUUCGCCACCAUGACCAACUUCAGCUGGCUGCUGGCAGAAGCUGUCUACCUGACCUGCCUCUUGGCCUCCACGUCGCCCAGCACAUGGAGAGCUUUCUGGUGGCUGGUUCUUGCUGGCUGGGGCCUUCCCCUGUUCUUCACCAGCACAUGGGUGGGUUGCAAGUUGGCCUUUGAGGAUGUUGCGUGCUGGGACCUGGAUGACAGCUCCCCCUACUGGUGGAUCAUCAAAGGACCCAUCGUCUUUUCUGUUGGGGUGAACUUUGGGCUUUUUCUCAAUAUUAUCCGCAUUCUGCUGAGGAAACUGGAGCCAGCUCAGGGUAGCCUCCACACCCCACCUCAGUACUGGCGUCUCUCCAAGUCUACCCUUCUCCUUAUCCCACUGUUUGGAAUUCACUACAUCAUCUUCAACUUCCUGCCUGAUAGUGUGGGCCUGGUCAUUCGCCUACCCCUGGAGCUGGGGCUGGGCUCCUUCCAGGGUUUCAUUGUUGCCAUCCUGUACUGCUUCCUCAACCAAGAGGUGAGGACUGAGAUCUCGCGGAGAUGGCGUGGCCAUGAUCCUGAACUUUUGCCACCCCGGAGGACUCAUGCCAAGGGGACGAUACCUUCCCGUGCAAGGGUGAAGGUGCUGACAUCUGUGUGUUAGGCUGGCCACAUCACUCGACUGGAGUCCACGCCUGAAUUUGGGCAGCUACCUGGGUCCACCGCCCUCCAGAGGAGUGGGACCAGCACCCCUUUAGGAAUCCUCAGUUCAUGCCCCGACCCAAGCUGCUGCCCAGCCCCAGGCAGGGGUGGCCCUUCCUCCCUGUCCUGCCCCUGACUCUUUCUGCUUGGGUCCCUGUGUGUCUACCUCUGACUUCCUUGGUUCCUCUG